AGGCAAUUCGUUGUAAGACCCCAUCAUCAUGUGCAGGGACUCCAAAGAAAUCUAGAUAGUAUGGAGUAUUGUGAGUGUCAGACAUAACCAGCAAACGACUAGAGACGGACAAACAACGCGCGGCCACACUCUCCCUCUCCCUGUGGCCAUCAGUAUCGAUCGGUGUCUAGUCGCAACUAAAUCAACAUAUUUCUGAGCGUCAUCGAAACCACUACUGAAGUUCAAAUUAUCAAAUUUCAACAAAAAUGGAGUCAUCACGGACCGCCGCAACAUCCACUAAUGGAACUGAGAAAUCGCGUCGACGAAACACUGAUUAUCUACAAAUUGAUCCCUCAAGUACUUUUAUAAAUAACACCGGUCGGGGUUUUGCUGAAGAGCUUCCGGAAAACUUUCUUGACACAAUCAGUCCACAUCCAAUAACUCCAUCUGCCAGUACAUCCUCUGCAACUUCUGCAACCGAAGAACCAGCUACAUCCUCGGCUCCACAACUCGCCUCACUUGCACCAAUGAGUAUGAGUUCUGAACAACCGAGUAGUAGCUUUUCAAGUGCUUCGCUUCUUUCAUCAUCUUACGAGACUAUAAAAAAUGAACCUGAAUUCUCUGGAAGCACUGCUGGACUUCUCUCUCCACUUCAUGUAGAUUCACGGCGAAGAGAAUCCCAUGAUUUCAAUACUUCACCAUAUAUUAAGGAAGAGGAAGAUCUCGAUGGAAGUCAUCUACUAAUGGGAGGAAUUCGUCCAGAUACACCAACAAAUGACAGGUCAACAGAUCUCGGAAGCAUCUCAUCGUUGUUAAAUGAGGAUCAUCACACCAACACAAUUGGACAAUCUCCAUCUCCUCGCAGUACAUUCGGUUCCGAUCCAACACCAAUGAUUCAACGGCAACUAAUAAAAAAUGAGGAUGGCGUGUCACCAGGAUCUAUGGGUUUUUCCAAAAACCACCAGGGUUACCAGAAGCCAAGAAAUGGUGAUCGAAUGGAAUAUGAAAAAGCUCCAUAUCAAAGAAAUUCUCGGAAACAAAAAAAGCCUCUAGGUUUGCUCAAUCAAGCUCUAUCAUCAGUCAUCUCAACGCCGACAAUCUCUUCUUCCAAUAUUCCAACACCACCAUCUGCUCAUAUUGCUCAGCCACGUCGCAUCUACUCGACUCAAGACUCAAAUGAUCCAUUGAAUGCAGAGAUUGGCGAUGAUAUAUAUAUAGACACAAAAGAUCUUUGCAAACGUAUAGCAUUUGAGCUGAAAAAUCAUUCGAUUCCACAAGCCAUUUUUGCCGAAAGAAUAUUGUGUCGUAGUCAGGGAACUCUUUCUGAUUUACUACGCAAUCCAAAACCAUGGAAUAAGCUGAAAUCAGGACGUGAGACAUUCCGUCGAAUGUACAAUUGGGUUGCACAGCCAUUAGCAACGAGAUUGGCGAUUCUUGAUAUGAAGACAGAAGAUGUGAAUAGAGCAUCUGGAAUGUCACCACCAACUCCAGCACAGAAUGUGCGCACACAUAGUUUCAGAAGAUCUACUUCCGAUCAUGAUGGACCUGUAUCAAAACGACCUCGUCUCGUAUUCACCGACAUACAGAAGCGUACACUUCAAGCAAUCUUCAAAGAAACUCAACGUCCAUCUCGGGAAAUGCAACAAACAAUUGCUGAGCAUCUUCGUCUUGAUCUUUCCACAGUUGCCAACUUCUUCAUGAAUGCACGUCGUAGAAGUCGACUCGGUGGAAACAUUGAUGAACCGACGCCUUUCCAGCAGAUGGCGGAAAUGUAUAAAGAAGGUGCAAUUGCAACAUCGAAUCAUUCUGCUGAACAACGAGAAAUGAUUGAACGUGGAUUUGGAGUAUCAAUUCCGGGUCCUAGUCAUUCUGGUGAACUUUUGAAUGGAGAUUCACAUGAAGAUGAUGAAGAACUUGAUGAACUGAAUGAUAGUGAAUUGGCUUAUGAAGAAGAUGUUGAAAUUGGAGAUGAAGAAGAAGAAGACGAAGAACAAGCUAAUGGUGACAUACUUCCAACACCAAAAGUUGAAGAACUCGAGGAAAAAACAGUUAUCAAAGAGGAAGCACCUGAUGACGGGGAAUAUGGCGCCACAAAGCUUGCAGCUAAUUAAAUGCGUCAUACUGCUAAAUUGAAUUCAAAUUCUUCACAACUUAUUUUCUUAUCGCUUGACAAAUUGGAAGAAUUUAGUUGCAAAAAUAUAUUACCUUCCUAUUUUCCAUCACUAACAUUCCUCUCGUCCUCAAAAUGACCGGCAUUAAAUCUUACUUUUAAGUAUAUAAAAUCUCUCGAAAAUAUAGAAAAUAUAUUGAUAAGCUAUUCAAACGCCUCGUUGUAUUUAAAUUCCAUCGUAUCCUAUUUUCAAAUCCUUUUUGUAAUAUAAAUUAUAAUAAUCCCCCUAUAAUUGUUUGUGCCUUUUCACCUACCAAUUCGCCCCUCCUUCCAUGUUUUUGCCUUAAUCUUAAUACUUUUUCAUAAACUGUAUCGCACUUCCACCCAGCGCAUCUCAAUUUUAAGCACUCAUUUCAUUGCAUUUUUCAAUAGCCUUCCCCCUUCCAAAUAUUUAAAUAUUAGUGCAGGUUCUCUCACUUUUUCAUUGUCCGGUAGAAUAUAAUUUUGUUACAUUAUUCCACAAUUCCUUCAUCUUUCUCAUCGUUUCAAUAUGUUGGAAUCCACCGGCAGGUCCGUGCUCUUUCUCACUUCCUAAUUUUUGAAAAUAAUUCAAAUUUGUCAUUGUUUUGACGCCCAGAGCAUUUAAGUAUUGCUGAUUUAUAAUAAAUGUUUUAAACUUA